AUGCUUAGGGGAUUAAUAAAUUUUAAAUAUAUAUUUUAGUAUCCUGAGUCUUAAAUAUGCUCAAAUCAUUUAAAAUCAAUUUAAAAAUUAUAGAAGGAAUCAGUCCAGCUAAAUGUUUAAUAGAUAUUAUCAAACCAAAACCCGAUUUCAGGAGAGUUAACAAUUAUUUUUAAUUUAUUUAAGUUGAUGAAAUAUAAUUCAAUUUAUUAUAAAUUGAUCAUGUUUUUAUAUAUUAUAUCUUCAAAAAUAAUCUAUUUAAAAUGGUAGGACCAUCUCUAAUUUAAAAAAUAGAAUAUAAGUUUCUCAAAGAAAUUAUAUAAUUGCCAAAUCAAUAAGUUGAUAGAUUAUUCUACUAUUUAGAAAUAAUCAAAAUACUUAUAGACUGAAAAAAGAAUAGAAAAUUUGCUUAAAAAAUUACAAUAAACAUAUAAAACCUUCAAAAGGACCUAAUCCUUUAUAAAUAUAGAAGAAGAUUGGAGAAAAGACCAAAAAUAUAAGAAAAGAAAUAUUAAAUAUUAAAUAUAAAAUAGAAAAACUAAAUAUCAGAAAUAUUAAUUAUUACAUUAUUGA